AUGGACGCGUCCCUCCAAGACUCUCAUUGCCAUUUGGCCAGGAGCAGCAGGUAUUGUGCACCCUCUGGUGGUUAUAGAGGGAAUGACGUGCACACUGAUCGUGCACUGCCACUGUUCUUAUAUCCAACCCAUGUUGAUCAGCGAGUCUACGAAAGAUCCUACUGCAGCGGCGCUUCACUACUUUCAUACCUGCCGCCGUUCCAUGGCAGCUUUGGCGUCUACGAAUGUCCGUUCGAGCCUGCUUUUAUCCAGAAACGCAACGAGCGGGAACGCCAACGCGUGAAAUGCGUAAACCAGGGAUACGCCAAACUUCGCGACCACCUGCCCAAUGGGACCACGGAUAAACGGCUGAGCAAAGUGGAGACGCUGCGCGCCGCCAUACGCUACAUCAAGUACCUGCAGGAUUUGGUGGAAAACGCAGGAAGGGUGGACGAGAACGGAGGAGCGUCGCCUCUUUCCGUUUCAGAAUCGUCUUCUGAGGAGUCUGUUGGGAGUUAAAGUCGUCCAUCGUUCUACUGACUUUUAUCCUGCGCCACCAAAACGUUGC